GGGGAAUGUGUAGCUAGUUUCACUCCCACGGAAAUUUUAGCAUAUGUUGCUUACUGAAAAAUCGGCAAGAUGAACACGGUUUUAUCCCGGGCGAACACGAUUUUCGCCUUCACCUUGAGCGUGAUGGCGGGGCUGACCUUCUGCUGCUUCCUGACGACCUCCAUGAACGACCAUCUGUCGCCCAUCAAGAUAGACGUCAACAAAAUCAUCGUCAAAAAUGUCCAGGACUUCAGCACAACCAGAGACAAGAAUGACCUUGGCUUCAUCACAUUUGACCUUCAAGCAGAUCUCCAACACCUGUUCAACUGGAACAUGAAGCAGCUUUUCCUGUACCUGACAGCAGAGUACACCACUCCAAACAAUAAGCUGAACCAGGUUGUUCUAUGGGAUAAGAUCAUCAGGAGAGGGGAGAACGCUCGGCUGGACUACCGCAGCCUCCACUCCAAAUACUACUUCUUCGAUGAUGGGAAGGGACUCAGAGGUAACCAGAACGUGACCUUGACCCUGUCCUGGAACGUCAUCCCCAACGCCGGCACGCUGCCCAGAAUCAGCGGCGUGGGGUCCAAGACAUUCCAGUUUCCUGACGAGUACACACCCGGCAACGCCAGGAUAUAGAGGGACACGCCUAGCAACACCAGGAUACACAAGUGGUCCAACAUAAAAGGGGGGUGGACUGUGUGAACCCUGGAUUUCAUUGCAAUAGUGACUGGAAAAUGUCAUAUGAGAUUGAAUAUGAAAGGAAAAUAAUUUUGUUACUGAUUGAUAUACUGUAUAUAUGACUUCUUUCAACAGUGCUGUUCUAGACUGGGGUCCAGCCUUGUAAGCCUUGUCCUGCUCUAGGAUUGGGUACUGGUAUGGUGUACUGGUACAGUAUUUUUGUUUCACAGGUCCAGAAAAACCGGACCUGAAAAAAAUCAGUAGACUGGUCUUUGGACCAAUUAUAAAGUGGACAGAUUAUACCAGAAGAAGUUCAAGUUUGGGUCUGGACCUAAAUUUUCUGUACCCAACCUUUUCCUGCUUCCAACAGUUACUACGCAGAGUAGUGACUGUAGGGAACAGGCCAAAGCAUACCAGACUGGAUUCCAUUCGAGUGUUGUUCACUGGUCUAUACAUGACAUAGAGGGAUAAUACAGAACAGCAGGGGGAACCAACCAUAAACUGUUUAUUACAUUGCAAUAGUGACC